UCCACAAACUAAACCACACAAACCAAUCAUCAUGAAAACUUUCUCAGGAAUCAUCAUCACCGUACUACUUUUCAUAUGUAUCCUUACCGCCUCCGCACAAAACUGUGGCUGCAGCCCAGACUUGUGUUGCAGCCGCUUCGGUUUUUGUGGCAGCGAUGAGGCAUAUUGUGGCACUGGAUGCCAACAAGGGCCAUGCUUUGGUCCACCUCCGACAAAUGAUGUAUCUGUCCCUAGUAUUGUCACAGAUGCAUUCUUUAAUGGAAUUGUGGACCAAUCAGAUGCGGGUUGUGAAGGGAAAGGGUUUUAUUCUCGUGCCGCGUUCCUUGAAGCCAUAGAAAAUUAUCCUCAGUUUGGUAGAGUUGGUUCGGAAGAUGAUUCAAGACGCGAGAUUGCAGCUUUCUUUGCACAUGUGACACAUGAAACUGGACAUUUUUGCUUCAUUGAAGAAAUAAACGGUCCUUCAAGAGACUACUGCGACGAAAACAAUACUCAAUAUCCAUGUAACCCUAACAAAGGUUACUACGGGAGAGGUCCAAUCCAACUAUCAUGGAACUACAACUAUGGACCAGCUGGGCAGAGUAUCGGGUUCGACGGAUUAAACAACCCCGAGACUGUGGCCACGGAUCCAGUCAUUUCCUUUCGAACCGCCUUGUGGUUUUGGAUGAAUAAUGUUCAGUCACUCAUAGUUUCAGGCCAAGGAUUUGGAUCCACCAUUCGGGCUAUUAAUGGAAUAUUGGAGUGCGAUGGUGGGAAUCCGGACACUGUAACUUCUCGUGUCCGAUACUACACCCAAUACUGUGAUCAACUCGGUGUUGCACCUGGUGAUAACCUUCGGUGUUAGACUAUACAUAUACAUAAAAUAACAGUGUAUUUCUCGUCAUAGAUUGACACUUAAAAUGAACUUCAGUUAUCUGAACUUGGUACGACAUAUGUGUAUUCGAAUUCAUUAUUUAAUGUUAUAACCAAUUGUUAUCCUA